AUGACUACGCCCAAGGCAAAAGACCCGUUGGACGCCCUCCAGCUGCUCGUCAACGAUGUGCUCGUGCAAACCGGCAAAGCCCUCCGUGCCUCGCGACGAGACAGCCAAGGUAACUUUCCUCCUUCUCAGGGAGUGCUGCAGCCCAAGCUGCCAGACACCAUCAGGGCCUUCCACUCGGCUCUUGACGAUCUCGAAAACGACAUUAUUCGUGCCAAAUCUGUGCUUCUCCGCGAUCUAAAUCAAAUAAGGGCACAGAACCAUUCUUCUGAUGAAUCACGGUCGCUCGCCCAAACAACGCAGUUGGAACCACAGUCAAAGUCUCCCAUGGCCAUAGAGAUAGAGUCGUCGCCGCAGGCAGCCCCAAAAGAGGAAGCAAUCGAGAACGAUGGCCCCGGCAACAAGCCUGUCGGCGCCCCUAUUCCAGACAUGGGCAUGGGCCUAGGCUUGGAUCUGGGCAUAUCGGACCUGGCCCAGCCUACUGUCUCAAUCAAGGAAGAGAAUAUAUCCUCCCAAGCCCUAAUUGGUCUCCAUGCAGGGGGCCCUGGGCCUGUCAAAACGGAAAGCAAAGAAUCAAAUUACGAGGCGCCGAUUGCACCGAUGGAUGUGACACUAGAAGGGACCCAAGCCAAUAUUGGUGGUGGUGGUGGUGGCGGCGGCGACGAUACUGUGCUGGAAUUGACAAACUCAGACUUGAACUUCACCGACAUGGAGUUUACCUUGGCACCGACAGCCCCGACGAAUGAUAACCAAAACCAGCCAGGUAGCGAUGGGAAUGCAGCUGCCAGCAAUACCGAGCCGUCGUUUGAUCUCUCUUCGUUUGGUGCUACAGACGGCGCAACCGGCAGCAUGUCCUCUCUGGAAAAUAUGCUGCCGGCCAAUUCGACAGAGCAACCAGCCCCUACAACAAAUGCACCAGAAGGACGGCUGGCAGAUGGUCAACCCCACACAGAGGCGGAAAAGAAGGAGCCCAUGGCUGAACCAGCAUUGGCAGACGUGUUUACGGGCGGCGGGCAGACCGACGGCAUGGACUUUGACUUUAGUCUCGGAGACGGAAUGGGUGGCGAUACGUUUGACGAUCUCAUGAAUGACCGUGAUAACACGUUCGAUACUAUGGAGCACGGUGACUUUGAUGCUAAUUUCUUCGGCCUCGAUAAAAUCGACGAGGCUUAG